GUUUCAGAGUGUGGAAAGAAAGACGAUUUCUAGAGAGAGAGAGAGAGAGCGCAAAGGAAAAGGCUCACCUUCUCACAAAUUCCAUAUUCCACUUGGGGGAAGGGGAAGGACAACAAAACAGUAACGACAAAAAGACUCCUCCACGCAUUGUCGACAACGUAGCCAUGAACAAGUCCUUCCAAACAAGAUAGUAGCUUUAAUUAAGCCAAGUUGAAUUUUUUCUGCGACACAAACAGAGGAAACCCCCAACCCCCCCACCCAAAAAAACCCAUAAGAUCAGCUCCGUGUUCUUAGAGAGAUAUUAGAGAAGCAAUCUUCGGAAUUCUCAAGGGGGUCUAUGUGGGUUCUUGAUCAAUUACAAAACCCAGUAAGGAUUUGGCUAGUUCCGGUUCCGUUGUUGUGAUCGUUAUAAAGCACCAAUGUUUCAAGAAGAAGGGUCUUCGUCUGUUACUUCAUCACCUCUCCAAUUAUUUUCCAUGAUGUCACCUCCACCAAGCUUAGGAUCACCAUACCCGUGGCUUAAAGAACUUAAAUCCGAAGAGCGGGGUUUGUACUUGAUCCACCUAUUGCUCACUUGUGCAAACCAUGUUGCUGCCGGUAGUCUUGAAAAUGCAAAUAUUGCCCUUGAGCAGAUCUCCCUACUUGCUUCUCCUGAUGGUGAUACCAUGCAGCGCAUGGCUGCAUACUUCACUGAAGCGCUUGCUGAUAGAAUCCUAAAAGCUUGGCCUGGUCUUCACAAAGCCCUCAAUUCCACUAGAAUAUCUCUGGUGUCGGAAGAAAUUCUUGUUCAGAAACUGUUUUUUGAGAUGUUUCCCUUCUUGAAGGUGGCCUUUGUGCUCACAAACCAGGCCAUUAUUGAAGCUAUGGAAGGGGAAAAGGUGGUUCAUAUCAUUGACCUGAAUGCUGCUGAACCUGCCCAAUGGGUUGCUCUUAUUCAAGUUUUGAGCACACGACCUGAAGGCCCACCCCAUUUGAGAAUCACCGGGGUCCAUCAACAGAAAGAGGUACUGGAUCAAAUGGCAUAUAGACUGACCGAAGAAGCUGAAAAAUUGGAUAUACCAUUUCAGUUCAAUGCUGUGAUUAGUAAAUUAGAUAAUCUGGAUUUUGAAAAGCUCCGUGUGAAAACCGGGGAGGCUCUAGCAAUCUGCUCAGUUCUCCAAUUGCAUUCCUUGUUGGCCUUUGAUGACGAACUCUUGAGAAAGAAAUCCCCAGUAGCAUCAAAGAAUCUGAAUGGAAUUCACUUACCUAGAGUCCUGCAGAUUAACCAAAGCACACUUGGCGAGCUGCUCGAGAAAGAUUUAGUUAAUGGGCAUAGCCAGAGUCCCGAUUCAGCCUCUUCAUCACCCAUAUCCUCAAAUCCUUCAGCAAAGAUGGAUAACUUUCUUAAUGCCUUGUGGGGUUUCACACCAAAGCUCAUGAUAAUAACAGAACAAGAUUCUAACCACAAUGGAUCAACUCUAAUGGAGAGGCUUUUAGAAGCUCUUCACUCCUAUGCAGCAUUGUUUGACUGUUUGGAGUCUACUGUGCCGAGAGCAUCAUUGGAGAGAUUGAAGUUAGAGAAGAUGCUGUUUGGGGAGGAAAUUAAGAACAUUAUAGCAUGUGAAGGAUCUGAGAGGAAAGAAAGGCAUGAAAAGCUUGAGAAGUGGAUUCAAAGGUUUGAUUUGGCUGGGUUUGGGAAUGUGCCUUUAAGCUAUUACGGUAUGUUGCAGGCAACAAGAUUGUUGCAAGGUUUUGGUUGUGAUGGGUAUAAGGUCAAGGAAGAAAACGGUUGUGUAGUAAUAUGCUGGCAAGACCGAGCCUUGUUUUCAGUAUCGGCUUGGAGGUGUAAAAGAUGAGAUUUUAAGAAAAUACUGAUCUCCCAGGUUUUAGUACUUGUUCUUUCCUUUUUUGUGUGAAAGAAUUUUGUUAGCCUGCAAUUGAAUACUGUUAAGAGUGUUCUAAAUGGUCUUUCACUUAGCCAGCCUAAAAAACAGGCUGCCUUCUUUUAUUACCUAAAUACAGAAUUUGUUUAAUUCUUCUCAUUUUAUAUCUAAUGGAAACUUUAACUAA